CUUCCUGAUUUCACGCAUUGCUUCCUAAGUAGCUUAGCAAAGAAGGAAAUCGUGGGAGAGCUGGUUAGGUGAGGUGUUGACUCGGAUCUACUCUCUUCCUGGCUCCUUCUUAUUUCUUUCAGCUGUGGAAGAAAACAUGGGAAGGGGAAAGAUAGAGAUAAAGAGGAUAGAAAACACGACGACGAGGCAAGUGACGUUCUCAAAGAGAAGGAACGGACUCCUGAAGAAGACCAAUGAGCUCUCUGUCCUCUGUGACGCCCAGAUCGGACUCAUCGUCUUCUCCAACACUGGCAAGCUCUUUCACUACUCCUCUCACCCCUACAGGAUGGAUCAAAUAAUUGAAAAGUACCAACGAUCUACAGGGACUCGCAUAACGCGCCAUGGACAUUCCCACCUUCAGGAAGAUUUAUUGACUGAGAUGGCAAUGCUGAGGCGUCAAAAUCUGAGCCUUGAGAUGGGGAUUCAGCGCUACCUUGGAGAGGGCAUAGCUUGUCUCCAAUAUGAAGAAUUGACUAAGCUUGAACAUGAAGUUCAAAGCUCUGUUGCAAGGGUUCGAAAGCGUCAGAACGAGCUCUUGCAGCAGCAAUUGGAGAAUCUGCGAAGGAAGGAAAGAAUCUUGGAAGAUGAAAACUGCAAUUUGUCCAAUUGGGAGCAGCAAGCUGCUGUAUUGGAGUUUGAAAGGGCUGCAGCAAGUAACUGUGGUAAUAACAAAGCAGUGAUGGAUCAUCAUCAGUUGCCAUUCUACGAUGAUGAGCAAGCUUCUGCUUCUGCUGGCACCAUCCUUCAGCUUGGUGCACCACAUGUACCGCAGCAGCAGCUUCAUCCAUAUCCAUAUCUUCAGCUUGCACAGCCCAAUGUUCAUCAUGACUCACUCACUGGACUACUCAUGGGGACAUCAAAAUGGGUGAUAGAGAAGGACGGAGGAGAUCCCUUCGAUGCAUGAGGUGAUAUAUCAUCAUCAUCGUCAUCCACAAAGAUUUGCCGCUUUCAUUGCUACUCUACCUUCAGAGUUAUAACCUUGCUUUUUUACAUUAAAUAAUUUUCAGACUAUACAACAAAUUUAUUUUCACUUUUCAUCAUAUGUUUGAUCAAAAUUAUAUUUAUAUUAUUAUUAUCUGCACAUUAUCCAGAAAGAA